AUGGCAGAACUUCGCAACGAGCUAAAUAGGAAAGCUGAUAUUGACGACGAUGUGCGGGCGGCGAGCAUGCAAAAAGAGCAUGAACGUCUGCUGGUGCUGCAAGAGCGGACCAAUGACAGACUACGCGAGCUGGAACUUGCAAACGCAGAAAAGUCAGGUCUCUUGCGAGCAGCUUUGCUUGACCGGGACAACCUCCCACCAGAGCUGCUUGAACUCAAGAGGGUCGAAACAAUACAGCAGAUGCGCGAGAUGAUAGAGUCAGUUGUCAAGGCACCUCCAGAAACACAGCCCAGAGUCCUGGACGCGACAAGUUCAGAGAUCGCCGAGACCAUCCUCUCAUCAGAGGCAGCCCUGGACAAGGCGAAAAAAGUAAGUAACAAGCAGAUUUCCCAUACAAAGUCAUCUCCUUCCGCCUUUGACGCGGCUGUCAUGACCAUGAAGCGAUAUCAGCUUGAGCCGUCGUUGACUGCCGCUACCCUGGUGCAACCGGAAUCGCCGCAGAACAGCUACGUCAGAAAGAACAAGUCACUCCUAGAAAAGUCGAUUCCGACGGCGGGUGCGGGACAAACUAGUCGGGAUCGCAUGGCGCCGCCAGUGUUGCCAGAGAUGAGCAAACUGCCAGCAAUGUGCGAGGAUGAGUACUGCAUGGAUCAGAUUCUCAACGACUACGUGGCAAGUUUGUCCCUGGCCUAG